UCUUAAGUCAUAUUUUCUUUAAGCUAAAACGCAAAACAUGAAUUGGUUCUAACUCCUCAAAUGUCAACAGAUACUUAAUAUCUUAAAUAUAAUAAUAUUUUAAAACAAGCUAUUUCAAGAUGCCACCUCAGGCCCAUUUUUUGGGCUAAACGAUUAAUUGGUUAAUUGAAAAUAUGAUUGGCCGACUUUUUACUCCGCCUUAACCCUUCUGCUACAAGAAUCCGCUAAUAAUUAGCGCAUUCAUCAAAAAUGAAAAUAAUCAUAGUUGUAUACCAUCUGUGUAUCUUUACUGAUCAAAUGAUUUAUAAUUAUUACAGCAGAGGACAUAAAAGUAAGCCAUAAUAUCUGAAACUAAAACAUUUGCAGAUACCAAAAAUGCAUCUGUAUGGAUAUAGAUACUAAAAUUACCUUUUCUGCAGUAAUUCCAUUUGCUGGUUGCUUUUAUCUCAGACAACAAGACAUUUUAAUUACGUGUUGUCACUUACGGAAUAAAACCUCGGAGCCAUCUACAGUACACUCAAUUUCCGCACAUAUCAAGUGUUGUUUAGCACUUCAAACACUACACUACAGCCAACCGUUUUACGCAUGUGUUUUAUUGUGCCCCACUGGCAUGGCGGCAGGGGAGUGUGUGUGUCUGUGUGUUUGCCAGCAUGCUUUUUGUUUGUAUGUAGAUGGGGUUAGAGGGGGUUGGGUUUUGGGCACAGGGGAAAUAAACCAGUGCCUGGCAGGAAAAUAGCCUCCGAUUUUGCCCUCUGUUUUCCCCCUCCCAUUUCUCUUCACCAACCCCACCCCCAACAGCCACCCUCAGUCUUCACGUCUUUGAUCCAUCUAUUGUGUGAUGGUGCCCCUCCAGCUGUAGGAGGCUGCAGUGGUACAUGAGGAUGGAAGACAUUUGUUUAUUGAGAAGAAGCCUCUCUCUGUACACAGUUAAAUGAAAGACUAUUUAGUACUAACUGAUCCAUUAAAGAGCAGAAGAAGUCAAAUGCUCUGAAUGAAGCAUUGCUGUUUCUUUUUAGUUUAAGGUUGCUGUGCGUUUGACGUGCAUGCGGGAUAACUUGUGUGUGCUUGUAGCGUACGUUUUCCUUUGAUCCAUACCUAUUUAUAACUGCAGGAUUUGUGGCAGUGCUUGCACAAACACUCACGCACCCCCACAGACAGACAGACAGACAGGCAGAGGUGCAUUGUUGGGGAGGCUCACUGGCACGCUCGGGCCUUUUUGACAGAAAAGAAUAAGAAUGAAUCAAGAACAGACGCGUUUCCUCAUGUCACUUAAAUUUCAUCACUUCCCUAAACAAGUUGCUUUUUUAAAUUACGCAACUUGUGAAUGACUGAAGAAAUAGAACUUAUUUCCAAAUCUGCUUCUUAUUGUUUUAAACUGGCCCUGGUGUGAACUACAUAAGAGUAUAAAUAGGCUCCAUAAAGGGAGGCUGUCUUUGAUUGGCAAAUUGGUUUAAACUUCUGAUUCAGCAGUAUCAGUUGUGGUGGCAUGUCUUUUUAUGCUUUGCGGACAAAUGCAUUUCACCAGUCAAUCACAUGCGUGCACGGUCUCACGUUGGCCCCUCUCGUGCCCUGCAGGCUUUGCUUUACCUGCGGCUAUAUUUUGGGUAAAACCUCACCCUUUAGUAAAGCAGUUAGACAGUUGUAAGGGGUGCAAGAAACAAAACAAAUAAGGGGUGUAUAAAAAGUGACAGAGGAGUGCAGAAAUUUUGCAUGGCAGUAGAGGAGGGGGUUGAGAGAGUGAGAUCAGGAAUCUGCUGAGUCAUUAUGACUGGUCUCAUGAUGAUCGCUCAGCAGCAGCAACAAUAGCUGCACUUUAUCGCACAACACACACACACACACACACACACACACACGCGCGCACACACACACACACACACACACACACACACACACACACACACACACACACACAGGUCUUAGAGAUGAGAGCCAGACCAACGCACCAUACAAAGCAUCUCAUUGAGAGCUUGUGGAGAUGCUCAUCUGUGGAGCUGUGCGCUCUAAGGACUGAUCUCAUCUUUUGCACUUCCAGGCUCCCUCUUUGUUGACUUCUGAUUCACACUGUUUUGUCUCCAUCCUUUUGUCUCUUGUUUCCACUUUGGUAGAAAUGCGUUCACAUCAUUGUAUUUGGUUUGCCUUUAUUCCUAGUGGCUGUGGGUCUAUAUCUGUUUUUCUACUUCUCUCCAGUCUUUAUACUGCCGUGUGUGUGUGUGUGUGUGUGUGUGUGUUUAGGGCUCUAACAGUUGGUUUUCCCCUGGAGUCCUUCCCACAAAUUCUACCACUUCCUCUUCUUUCACAUUCAUUACAUUCCUAUUGGCCUAUCGCCAACCAAUAAGAGUUCAACAACACAAGGUUAGUGGGCACUGUCAGUGUAACCACCAGGAAGCAGGAAGUCAGGAAAAUUCUAAGAAAGGUUUGGGUGUCACUUUCACUCAUACACUGUGACACAGAUGCAUACUCAUGUAACAUGCUCACACAGCAGUGCUCCAAAAGUAGAUUUCCAUGUGGUAUGUCUCCGCUGGUCCAGGUCUGUUCAGAAGGGCAAGGCUCUUGUGGCAUGACGACGACUAACAAAGGAAAUAAAGCCUUGAAGGUGAAGCGUGAGCCGGGAGAGAAUGGCACCAGCCUCACAGACGAGGAGCUGGUGACCAUGUCAGUGCGGGAGCUGAACCAGCACCUCAGAGGGCUCACCAAAGAAGAGAUCCUGCAACUGAAACAACGGCGGCGCACCCUGAAGAACCGGGGCUACGCCGCCAGCUGCCGGGUGAAGCGGGUCACCCAGAAGGAGGAGCUGGAGAAGCAGAAGGCCCAGCUGCAGCAGGAGGUGGACAAACUGGCCAAUGAGAAUGCUUCGAUGCGCAUUGAGCUGGACGCUCUGAGGUCCAAGUACGAGGCAUUACAGACCUUCGCCAGGACCGUGGCACGGAGCCCCACUGUCGGGGUUGGGGUUAGGCCUGGAGGGGGAGGAGGAGGGGGAGGGGUGCCGUCAUCAGUCAUUGGUCCACUGAUACCGGGGAAGGUAGCAACAGCGACGAGUGUGAUCACAAUAGUGAAAUCAAAAACAGAUGCACGGUCUUGAGGGAGCGAACGAUAGAUGAGGGUGUGUUGGGGGUGGAGUCAUUCUUCUUCUCUGCUGGCCACCUCUCCUCCACCUGCACUGACUUCAAACAGCUGGGCAGCCUUGAUCAAACCGCCUCAGCAUGUUCCCGUCACCUGUCUCACAUCAGUGCAGGUGAAGGAAAGCAUGGAAGCAGAGGAAGAUCAUUGAGACUCUGAUGAUGCAAGCCCUUGGUCAGCGCAUGAUCAUUUAGCACAGGACAGAUACACAGGGUUCCUACAGUCACUGAAAGCCUGGAAAAGAAUUUGAGAUUAGUUUUAUUCCAGGCCAGGCAGGGGGAAAAAAGAUUUUAAAAAACGUAAAUGUCCAAAAUACUUUGGAAAAAUCAUGCAAUUUUGUUCAGUUGCCAUUUACGUCAGUCAAGUGUCAAGUUUUACCGCUGGUAGAUCUUCAUAUGCGUAAUAAUCCCAUCAAACGUUUGCACACUAGAUUUGAAGUUUGCCAGAACGAAGAUAUAGAACAUUUAAAUUUGCUACAGCAACACAAAUAUAUUCUAACACAUGUGUUAUACAUAUGUAAUAGAAUCAGGAGGACAGUAUUGAUGUGUUAGUUAUAGGAAAGUUGUUGGAUUAGAUUGUUUUGGGUCCCUGACUUCCAAAAGAAUAGAUUUCAUGUGACCUGCUAAUUUCAGUGGCUGCAGAGAAAUCCCAUCUUGCUCCACCUAGCCAAGAACCUUUUCAGAAAAGUACUAUAGAAAAAUAUAUAUUACACAAUGGUGGUACCUGUAUUUCUACUGUUUUGUACUUUGUUGUCAUUCACAUGAGGUCCAAAGUGUAUUCUCUGUGUGUCAAUUGUUAUAUAUCAGGAAUUCUGUGAUAUUCUGUGGCGCGUGUUCGUUUUGGUAUUGCUAUAUUUACUUAGCUGUAUUUUUUCUACGGCCUCUUCACUUUCUAUGUCCAACUCUCUUUCUCUUACCUAUUCUUUCUCUGUCCUUCCAUUUAUCAAUUCCAAUUGGUUACCAAUUAUUACACACAGUACUUCCUGGAUCGAACAGAGAGAGCUGGGGGGGGGGUAAAAAUAUAUUCAAGAAAAUUGGAAGGGCUAGUGCCUUGGUCUCCUAAAGAUAUGCAUCAAUAAGAAGUCAAGAGGACAUUGUGGAAGGAUGGUGGAGAUUCGAUGCAGGUGUUUGCUUAAAACCUGUGUUUAAUAGGAUACACUGACCAAUCAGGGAUCAGGUUGUAACAGCAUUUAACUCUCGCUGUGCGUUGUUGUAUGAGCUGUGUAGUACCCAUCAGCAACACCCAUUUUUGUGACUUGACAGUUCAUGUACUUGCAAAACAGGAGCCUGCAGUUAGCCUAAUUGUCUUGCACAAAAUUUGCUUUUAUGGAAAGGUAAUAUAUCGGUUUUAUGUAAAUUACUUAGUUCACAUGUUUAUGAAUUUGAUUGGAUACUGACUCAGAAAUCUAGGUUUUUAACCUACAGCAAAAUGUUUGCUUCAAAUCAAAGUGGUUAACAGUGCAUUCCUUGUGCUUUUAACCACAAAGCUCACUGUGCACAAGUGUAAAUGUGAUUACUGACAACGCAGUCAGCCAGGAAGGAUCGCAAAGAUGCUUCUCAGAAUUUGCAGUCACAUAAAUGGGAUGCCAUUUCACACGAGUUUUACCAUAAAAGUAGUCGUAUAUGGUGUUGUAUACUCAAAGAAUCUUUGUCUCUGUAUGAUAGUCUGGAAUUUUAUAAAGACAAUUAUCUUUGCAUCAUUUGUAAUGACCUGUAAAAAAACAAAACAAAAAACAAAAAAGGGUAUAACAAAAUCUGUUUGAUAUACAGUAUUUCUCUAUUUUGCAAUUGUACCAAAAGUGGCUUAACUACUGAAUAGCUUUGUUUUUUCUCUAGUGACUAGGCACGUGUGUGUAACCGUGAACUAGCGUGUGGUGUGCUGUGUAAGUAUGUGACGAGGUAACUAUAACGUUCACUAUUUCAUAGAUAAGACUUUGAUCCUUGUUUGAGUUCAGGCCGAAGCGGGUGAGGACACCGUGGGUAACUGCACUGUUUCGCUAAUCAUAAAAUCUUUGUCCUCCUGGCCCUAUCAUUCAGCUCCCACACUGCAGGCCGUGUGUUUAUACAUUUUAAGUUCACCUUGGCAGACCCAUUUUCCGUAUUUCUGAACAGGCCUUUGUGGCUUCCUUUUUGGUUGUUGCAGUGUUCAAAGCUCGUUAUUGCAGACAAAAUGACCAAUGAGAUGAGGAAGUGUUUUGGUUAACCCCACUAGCUUUGUGUAUUCAGGUCAUCUGGCAAGAUGUGAAACUCAACAAGGGGCCUUCAUGGCUGCAUCACCCCUACUCCUUCAAUAAGUUAUUUUUGUAGUAUGUGAUAAAGGUAUUUGUUUUUGCUGUGCACAUUUUAUAUCGUUAUGUGUAUAUAUAUAAUGUUGUUUAUAUUUUGUUUGUUUUGGAACUGUUUUGUGAGUGUGAGGGAAGUGAAGCAAAUUUACGUAUUUGGUGUUUUAUGAAGUGAAAAAUGUAUUCUGCUAUUUAAUGGUUUGUCUGUCAAACAGUUUGUUGUUUUUUUUAACUAUGAAAACCUGAUUUAAGAGGAGUCAUUUACUGAAAUAGAAGCAAUUAUUAUUGAUACAAAACAGUACAUACAUGCAACCUUUUACCUGAACCGCUACUUUUCCACUGUGAAGAAAAAAAGGGGUUAGCUAGCCUACUGCUGUGCAGUUAUGAAGAUUAGUGAGAUAUGUGUUUAUCUGAACCCUAUGUCAGUAUAAAAUAUGAUUCAAGCAGCUGAACAAUGAGCAAACGCAUUGGAAGGAAAAUUGGUUUGAGAUUUUAAAAUAUUAUUUCUCCAUUAUCUUUACACUGAUAACCAUUUGCAAGUUCAGUCAACCAUGAAAUCAGAGAGCUAUAUAAUUUAUUUUUUUAAAUGUCUUAUCACAAGAAUGAUAUUCAGCUACAAGCACAUAUAGGUAUCACACCCAGUAUAUUUCUGUAUGUGCUCUAUGUUAAAAAAGGGGUUCCUGUUUUAAGGUCAGAAUACUAUCAUUCGAUUUUCUACUGGAUAAUUCUUUCAAUUCUUUCUCUAUUUGUCAUUCUGUUGCUUCCUGCACGACUUUACGUUUGCACAUUGAAUUCAGUUUUUUCUUUGCUGGCACGUCCUGUGUGGUGUGUGUGUGUGUGUGUGUGUGUGUGUGUGUGUGUGUGUGUGGUCGCCGUGGUAUAAAAUAAGUUGUGUCGAGUUGAAGCAAAAUAUGAAACUUCCUGGUGCUUGUCAAACUGUACGUACUGUAUGUGCCACUGUCACAAAAUGUGUCCCCACCUAGUCUGUGUUUUUGUGCUCCCUUGCUUGUAAGAGAUGCAUACUGUGUAAACAUAAAUGUGUGGACAUGGCGGCUGCUCUAAUAAUGCAAACUGCGUAAAAAUUAGACCUCCUGCCACACGGGAGCAGUGAUGCUAUCGUAGUCGUCAUGUCAAUUUGUCUGUUUAAUAAUUGCAGGUAGGCCUACAGCGCAGUGUGACAGGGUGAAAGUGCUUAUAGUGUUGAGCGAUUUAUACUUUGUUAUAAAUGUCAGGUGUCUGUUUAAAUCUGGCUUAUGUGAUGCUUUUUCAGCGCCACUUAACAAAUAACUGUGAAAAUACGAAAUCAUCAAAAAUGUUUCAUCCAUUUCCGAUUGAGAAGUGGACAAAAUGCAAAAUACAGUAGCUGUCAUACAAGGCCUGCUGUCGCACUGAAGAGGAUCAUUAUUUUUUGUCUUCCAGACUUGAAUAUGUUGUGGUUGUUGUGUUUUCCUCCUAAUAUUUGCUCAGCAGACGUGAUCAGCCGACAACAGUGACCUUUAGUGAUCGUCAGACAGGGCAGCUUUGUGGCUUUUCAUAACAGAGUUUACGAGCUUGUAAGACACGCUUACCUUAUUUUCCUCUGCCAGUACGGGGGUCAUACCCUUCUUUAUGGAAAGAUAUUUCAUCACAAACCCAAGCAACUGCUCCUAAACCGCGUUCAUAAAUAUUUUACAGAGGCAGAAAGGAGUGGUGGAGACACUUAACAUUUCCCCACUCCUCUUAUCCUAUCCCUUUUUACAAAGUGUCAGCGAGUUAACGCAGCAGGCUUCCAAGCCCUUCUUCAAAACAUCAGAUACUUCUAGAAGAUGCAAAUCAUUAACUACUUGUCUUGCUGCUCAGCCAAUCUGCAUGUAGUCAUUCAGUCACUUUCCUGUGUAGUGAAUCAUGCCACCGGACUCUAAGAGCCCUUUCACCCACCUCCAAUGCUGAUCGAUGAGUAAAUGAACCAAGGAUUCCUUUGAUCGUUUGUUUGGUGUUUUCAUCAAUAAUAAUGUUUGUCUUGCCUCCCCAGUUACCCUCUUCUUAUGCUCUCUCUUAUUCUCUCUGUUGCCCUUAUCAGUUGUUGAGCCUCCAACAUAAAAUUCCUACCCAGAGUUUGGGUAUCAUUUCAAUUUCUUUUUCUUUUUGCUGUAACAGUCUGCCUCUAAUUUUUACCCCUGAUAACGUUUCUUUCCAUCAAACCACAUGUGUCUGCUGGAGAGCAUUCGGCCGGGUUACUCAUAGAAGAUUUUUAAAGUACAUAAUGGUCCGUUUGAAGCUAUAGAAAAGUUGUGAGUUUGUGUGAAUAUGGCGUAGCCUAUUCAGAAAAGCCCUUGUAAUAGAGAAUUCUGUGUUUUGUAAUAUUUCUGUAUCGGGUGUAAUUAUUCUACGACAGUAUACUUUCUAUGGGAAAAUACUUAAAAUGUGACAGUCUUUGUAAGUAUUUAACUUCAACUAAAUUAUUGUACUUAUUUUGCAAUUUGUAGAUACGUAAGUGAUGAUGAAAAGGUAUUGGUAAUCAUGAAAUUAACUGUUUCAUCACCGGUCUGAAGCAUCUUUUAAUUUAUUGAUGUAUAUAUUGUAUGUUUGUUGAUAAACAGCUUACUUUAUUUUGUAUAUGACCAAUAAACAUGUUUUGAAAUGGAA